UUUUUUACGAAAUUUAACGAAACAUUUGUAAUCAAGGAACAUUGGUUUAUUAUCAUUUGAAAUCUCCGCCUAUUUGAUGCUGUAAUAUAAAACAUCGGUGCGAGAACGUCUCGCUUGAUAUUUGAUGUUCUUUGUUCUACACAUAACAUUUUGCCCUGUAUAUAACUAUGGCAAUCUCAUCAAGUAUACGUUAUCUAUCCAGUAAUGUACUCAGAGGAUGGUAUUAUCCGCUUAUUUCACGUAACUUUCAUCAAUCUCAAACUCUCCGGCACGGUGAAUACGAAUGGCAGGAUCCUAAAAGUGAAAACGAAGUGGUAAAUAUCACAUACAUUGAUAAGGACGGAAAACGUACGCCAGUUCGUGGCAAAAUAGGCGAUAAUGCGCUUUAUCUGGCUCAUCGAUACGGUAUCGAGAUGGAAGGUGCCUGUGAGGCCUCCUUAGCGUGCACCACAUGUCACGUUUACGUUCUAGGGGAUUAUGGGGACAAACUGCCCGCUUCCGAGGAGAAGGAAGAUGAUUUGCUGGAUAUGGCACCGUUUUUGAAGGAAAACUCGCGGCUAGGUUGUCAGAUAAUUUUGACGAAGGAAUUGGAAGGAUUAGAACUUCAGCUACCGCUAGCGACGCGCAAUUUUUACGUAGAUGGCCACAAACCAAAGCCUCACUGAGAAUGGCUAGUCAGAGCAUGUAUGAUUAAGGCUGAUACUCCGUAGAUAUAUAUUAUUGUUAUAAUUGAAUAACAAAAUGUUAGAGAUGACACCAAAGGUGGUAUGGUAUUAAAAAGAUUGCUAAACUGAUAA